UUAAGUCAUAUCAGAACAUAUUCAAAUUUUCUAUAUUCAUACUUGCAAUAGAAUUUAAAGUACAUUGAUAUUGUAUAUAGUGUUGUAACAUUCUAGUUUAAAGUAUUAUGAAUACAAUUUUUGAUGAAGUGUUACAACAUUUAGAUUCUUUUUUAAUUAUCGAAUUUGAUUAUAGCAAUGUUAAUAAUUCGCUAGAUUUUUUAUUUCGAAAAUCAUAUAAAGCUUACCAAUCAAAUGAUUUAACAGUAGCAGUUUUAAGUGUUGAGGCUGUUUUGGAAAAAAUAUGGGAAUCACUUCAUACUGGUUCUUGGGCUGAUGCUUCAGAUUGUAUGCGAAAACUUUAUUCUCAUGCAAGUUUGCUUAAAGCAAAGUUGCUGUUGAAAACUCCUUCCGAUGAAAGCAUGUUGAAAAAAGCUAUCAAAGCAGUUGAUAUGGGAUUGUUAAUGGGCAAUGCAUUCAGAAAUGAAUUAACUAAAACUGCAUCAUUACUGUGUUUAAUUCUUCAGCAAUAUUAUAUUGAAUCUCCUGAAUUAGUGUAUAAUGAAAACAAAUUAAGUUAUAAUAACUAUACACUUCAUAGAAUUGGUGACUAUGUUCCAGCAUUAAAUCAACCAUCCUUAGAAACCCUCUCGAGAGAUUUUCUUAAACCUAAAUUACCUGUUAAAAUUACAGGUAGUAUGAAACAUUGGCCUGCUAUAAGCAAAUGGAAAGAUUUAAAUUAUCUUAUAAAAUUAGCUGGAGCUAGGUUAGUUCCUGUUGAAAUAGGAUCAUCUUAUGCAGAUGCUGAAUGGAGUCAAAAAUUAAUAACCUUGGAAGAAUUCAUCAAGAAUCGUAUUGUUCAAAAAAAUGAAAAACCAGCAUAUCUUGCACAACAUCAACUUUUCAAUCAGAUAUGGAUGGUGAAGAGCCAGAUAUCAAUGCUUGGUUAGGUCCUAAGGGCACUGUGUCUCCUACUCAUCAUGAUCCAAAAAAUAACUUUUUAGCUCAAGUGAUUGGCUCUAAAGAUAUUAUUUUAUACGACCCCAAAUGGUCUGAAUUUUUGUACCCAUAUGAAGAUAAAUUUCUUACGAAUACUGCUC